UCCCCUCCCCUGCCCGGGCUCCCGCUUCCUGGGAGGCAGAGCUUCGGCGGCGGGCGCGGCGGCGGGGGGUCGGCGCGCUGCGGGCCAUACAUCUCACUACUGCAUGAAUGGACAUUUGAAAGUGCCAUAGUCAAAUGCUUGCGACCAUGGAGACCUCAUCAUUGCUUUCUUCACUGAACGAUGAGUGUAAAUCUGACAACUACAUUGAGCCGCACUACAAGGAAUGGUAUCGAGUAGCCGUUGAUACUCUGAUUGAAUAUGGGUUAGAAGCAUAUCAAGAAUUUCUUGUCAAGGAACGAGUCUCAGACUUUCUAGCUGAGGAAGAAAUUAAUUACAUUUUGAAAAAUGUCCAGAAAGUUGCACAAAGUACAGCACAUGGUACUGAUAAUUCCUGUGAUGAUACCUCAUCUUCAGGGACUUACUGGCCUAUUGAGUCUGAUGUGGAAGCUCCAAAUCUUGACUUAGGCUGGCCCUAUGUGAUGCCUGGACUCUUAGGGGGAACCCAUAUAGACCUCCUCUUUCAUCCACCAAGAGCACACCUACUUACAAUAAAGGAAACUAUUCGGAAGAUGAUAAAAGAAGCCAGAAAGGUUAUUGCUUUAGUAAUGGAUAUAUUUACAGAUGUGGACAUUUUCAAAGAAAUAGUUGAGGCAUCAACUCGAGGGAUAUCUGUAUACCUUCUGCUUGAUGAGUCCAAUUUUAAUCAUUUUCUAAAUAUGACUGAGAAACAGGGUUGUCAAGUUCAACGUCUCAGGAAUAUCCGCGUGCGGACAGUUAAAGGCCAAGACUAUGUUUCAAAAACAGGGGCAAAAUUCCAUGGAAAAAUGGAACAGAAAUUUUUGUUAGUCGACUGCCAGAAAGUGAUGUACGGUUCUUACAGCUAUAUGUGGUCAUUUGAGAAAGCUCACCUCAGCAUGGUUCAGAUAAUCACAGGACAACUUGUGGAGUCGUUUGAUGAAGAAUUCAGAACCCUGUAUGCCAGAUCCCGCGUGCCCGGCGCGUUGGCUCAGGAAGAGGCGGCGAGGGUGAGGCCUGGCAGAGCCCUCUGGGAAAACGGCACUUACCAGCGUUCGGUUUCUUCCUUAGCUUCCAUUUCCAGCCAGAGAAACCUUUUUGGCAGACAAGACAAACUUCAUACACUAGAUGCCACUUACUUCAAAACCAGAGGGCUGUAUGCUCCGAAUGAACACGACAAAUACAACAUCAGAAAUCACGCCUACAAACCUCAUUUUGUUCCGAACUUGAACGGCCCCAAUGCAAGACGUCAGUUUCAGCCCGGCCAGCUAAGCGACAACUGGAAAAGGCACAGUUACGCGGGGGAGCAGCCGGAAGCGACGCCGUACCUCCUGCUCGGCAGGGCGCCGCCCGGGGCCGGCCACGCGCCCGGGCCCCGGCCGCGGCCGGCGGACAGUCUCGGCGGGGCCUCCGCGUCGCGGGGAGGCGGCCCGGGCCGCGGGGACGCGCCCGCCCAGAGUCUCGCCCAUCGGCUCGCCCCGCGCAAACCGGGCCUGGCGGACAGGAAUUCAACCGUGCGGCGGUCUUUCAACGGCACGGACAAUCACAUCCGCUUUCUGCAACAGCGAAUGCCAACCCUGGAGCACACCACGAGGUCAUUCCUACGCAACUGGAGAAUUGAGUCCUACCUAAAUGACCGCUCCGAAGCCACACCGGACUCAAACGGCUCGGCUUUGGCUGACCGAUUGGAGGGCUGCGAUAGCCUGGAGAAUUUGAAAGCCAGUGCCCUGUACACGCACUCUCGGCUUCGAUCCUCUUUUGUAUUUAAACCCACUUUACCGGAGCAACAGGAAGUCAGCAGUUGUACAACGGGCUCCUCAAAUUCAACGAUCAUUGGUUCCCAGGGAAGUGACACACCGAAGGAGGCCCCAGACAGCCCCGCAAGCGCGCGGCAUUUGACGGACACACCCGCGCCAGAAGCCAUCCCCAAGCCCCCCGCACCGUCAGAGGCAUCAAAAAUGCACACCUUGCAGGUUCCCGAAAACCCUUCGGCCGUCUCAAACCAAACUACAAAUGGCCACACAGAAUCAAACAACUAUCUCUAUACAACCUUGUGUGUAAAUAAGCCGACAGAAAAUCUAAAGAAUCAACAAAAUGAGCUUCUACUUAAAAGGCGAAGUUUCCCAUACUUUGACCACUCAAAAGCCAAUUUAGAUCACGGCAAUAGUAAGCAUUAUGUGUAUAGUACACUUACCAGGAAUCGAGUGAGACAACCAGAAAAACCCAAAGAAGAUUUGCUGAAAAGUGCCAGAAGCAUGCACAAUGUGACACAAAAUGUGGAAGAGGAGGAGGAGGAGGUUGGCAAGAGACAACCUCCAAGUGGCCCCACUCCCAAAUCAGUUUCCAUUGCUGCUUUACUUGAUGUGAAUAAGGAGGAACCCAACAAAGAAUUCACUUCCAAGAAGGAAGUUAAGGGUUCCCCAAGUUUUUUGAAAAAGGGAUCUCAGAAGUUAAGGUCGUUACUUAGCCUUACCCCAGAAAAGAAAGAAAAUUUAUCCAAAAAUAAAGCACCUGCCUUUUAUAAAAUGUGCAGUAGCUCUGACACAUUAGUUUCUGAGUGUGAAGAAAAUCAAAAACUGAAGAAAUCAGAACCAAAAGUCGAUUCAUCUCCUAGAAGAAAGCGUUCUUCCUCAUCAAACUCCCAGGGCAGCAUCCACAAGAGUAAGGAAGACGUGACAGUUGGCUCAUCUCAGGGAAUAAAUUCAGAUGAAGGUAAUAAAGUAAUACCUUCCCCAGGUCCAGUUGAAAGUAAGUCUCUGGAAAGGGCAGGAGAUGCUUCUGCCCCGAGAUUUAACACGGAACAGAUCCAAUACCGAGAUUCAAAAGAGAUAAAAGCAGUUGUUGCUCCUGAAAGAAGACCAACUUCUUCUCCAAGGCUGAAGCCCAGUGAGCUUCUACGAUCUCAUUCAACUGACCGGCGAGUUUACAGUCGUUUUGAACCAUUUUGUAAGAUUGAAAGCUCUAUCCAGCCAACAGGCAACAUGCCAAAUACCAGUAUAAAUCGCCCAGAAAUAAAAUCUACAACUAUGGGCAACAGUUAUGGCAGGUCCAGUCCAAUGCUUAAUUACAACACUGGUGUUUACCACUCAUAUCAACCAAAUGAAAACAAGUUUCGAGGAUUUAUGCAAAAGUUUGGAAACUUCAUACACAAAAAUAAAUAAAAUACUAUAAUUUCAAAUAGCUAUUAAGAUACAAAAUGAAUGAGGCUAUAAAUAUUUGU